AUGCGUAUCGCAAUCAUCUUCGCCGCCGCAUUGGCCUUAGCUUCCAGUUCAGCAAUGGGCGUUUCCCAAAGCCUACAAGUACACUUAACAAACGCCAACGACUACUGUUUCAUCUUACCUUCUACCAAAAAAACAAUCGGAGAAAGUGAAGAUGGUGGAAAUGGAGCGAAAUCUUUUUGUACAAAACCCGUUGGUGGUCAAGGUCAAUUACCCACCGGAACAGAUGCAUGGAAAAAUGGUCCAAACUUUUUGAAAAAGAAUACGUAUGUUCAGGUCACAGGUUGUAUUCGUACUUCCAAAUUUAGCACCCUCGUAAAAGGUGACGGUGGCGGUCAAUAUGACUCAAACGGUGGUGAUGGCGGAAAAGGUAAUCCACGUAACUCAGUUUGCAACGGUUACAAAUCAUACGUCGAAGUCGUUGAACCUGAUAGCGGUCGUAUUUGCAUUCGUUGCUGCAACGACAACAAAUACUGUCCUUUGGACCGUGACACACAAGGAUGUGCUUCCGUUAUCAAGAACGGUAACUACAACGGAUGUUAA